GUCGUCACUCCUCGAUCUUGUCAAAUCUAACGGCGUUAACUUUUUACGCAAAUUUUAUCGAACCACCAGGUUCGAUUGCCGCACCUCAGGUUCGGACCUUACCAUCUACGGUUUAUAAUAUAGCCGACAUCACUUUAACUUGCAUUUUCAGUCGCUCAUUGGUCACUCCAAAGUUCCCGGCUACCGUGAUUCUGUAGGAAAAUUCAUUUCGGCGAAGUUGGAAAAUUUGAAUCGGAUUUGGCUGAUCGCGAAAGCAUGGCGGAGCAUUCUGAAAGUCCCAUUGAGUCGGUGAUGGAGAAGAUAAGCGAGAAGAUUCACGCUCACGAUUCGUCGUCGUCUUCUGAUUCCGAUUCGGAAACGGAAAAAAAACCGGAUUCGCCUUCUUCGGUGAAGGCGAAAAUUUUUCGGUUGUUUGGGAGGGAGAAACCCGUACACAAGGUUUUUGGUGGAGGAAAGCCUGCUGAUGUGUUGUUGUGGAGAAACAAGAAGAUCUCAGCUAGUGUGCUUGGAGUUGCCACUGCAAUUUGGGUUCUUUUUGAGUUGAUUGAAUACCACCUACUUACUUUAGUGUGCCAUAUUUUCAUCCUCUCUCUUGCGGUCUUGUUUCUGUGGUCCAAUGUUCAUACAUUUAUCCAUAAAACUCCACCUCGCAUCCCACAAGUUCAAUUACCGGAAGAACCAUUCCUGCAGGUUGCUUCAGCACUGACAUUUGAAAUCAACCGAGGUUUUGCAGUCCUACGUAAUAUUGCAUCCGGAAAAGAUUUGAAGAAGUUUCUCGUUGUUAUAGCUGCCUUGUGGGUCUUGUCAAUUGUGGGGAGUUGGUGCAAUUUCUUGACCUUGUUUUAUACAACCUUUGUUUUACUGCACACGGUGCCAGUUCUAUAUGAGAAGUACGAGGACAAGAUAGAUCCAUUUGCAGAGAAGGCAACAAUUGAGAUAAAAAAGCAAUAUGCAGUGUUUGAUGCUAAGGUUUUGAGUAAGAUCCCAGUGGGUGCAUUGAAAGCCAAGAGGGGUUAAGAGUGGCUGAUUGCUCUAUUUCGUGCAGACAUUUUUUAAUCAUGGGUUUGUAGGCUGUGAUUGCUCUUCAUAGUUUGCUAGAGCUCUUCCUUUUGUUUUUUCUAAAGCCCUGUCAACUGUUUCCAAUUGUUUGGGAUUGCAGUUUGAAUGACUUUGAUAUUUCAUAGGGUUACUUUCAAGUUGGAGGUUUAUUUGAAAGCUUUAUGAUAUGUCUGCAGGUGGUAGUACUUUAACAAGGGUUACUUUCGAUGUUCUUA